UCGGAGUCAAGUUAAGAAUAAAGUUUUCCUUUAUUGUAAUAUAUGUCUCUGGUUUGAAUAUCAGAGUUAUGUGGACCUCAUACUCAGACUGAACUGGGAAGUAUUUCUCCUCUUCAGUGUUCUGGAAAAAUCUGUAUAGAACAAGUACAUGUAUAUUGAUCAAUUAUCCCAGAGCUCACUGACUUUUUUCUUUUUUCUUUUUGUUUAAUUUUUUCUUUCUGUGUUUCGCUCUGGUGGUUUCCACUGCUAUAUCUUCAAGAGUUCACUAACCUUUUCUUUUGCAAUGUUUGAUGUACUAUUAUUCCUACCCAAUAUAGUUUUAAUCUUAGAUGCUGUAGUUUUCAUUUCUAAAGGUCCUGUUCAUAUCUUUUUUAUAUUUUCCAUGUCUCUACUUCAUCUCUGGAACAUCAAGAAUACAGUUAUAUUAACUGUCUUACUGUCCUCUGCUAAUCCUAACAAAGGCGUCAGUUCAAGAUCAGUUAUUAUAGCUGACUUUUCUCUUCAUGAUUUGUAUUUUCCUGCCUCUUUGCAUGCCUGAUAAUCUUUGACUAAAUGCCACAUUAUGUGAACUUUUUUCAGUGAUGAGUAUUUUUGUAUUUCUGUAAUAUUCCUAAGCUUUGUUCUGUAAUGACAUUAAACACUUGGAAACCAUUUAUCAUUUUGAAUCUUGCCUUUAAAAUAUUUUAUGUAGGACCAGACCACAUUUAAUUUAGGGCUAAAUAUCCCCACUACUGAAACAAGAGUCUUCUGAGUAGUCUACCCAGUGUCCCAUGAAGCAUGAGGCUUUCCAGUCUGGACAGGAAGAAGUCCUGUGUGAGCACCAAUCACUGGUCUAAUUUCCUCUGACAGUUCUUUCCCUGGGUUCAGGUAGCUUCUUCAUAUGCAUGCACCAAACAGCAUUGUGCUGAAUACUUGAAGAGGAUCAUCCACAGUUCUCUGGAUUUCUUUUUGUGCAGUUUUCUCAUUUUAGUUACACUGUCCUGUGAAUUCUAGCUAUCUUGGACUUAGUGCACUCUAAGGUCCCUCUCUUCAACUGUGAGAGUCCACUGGGUUCCCUUCCCUUUGGUGCAACCUAGAAACUCUCAAGCUGGAGCCAACAUUGGGCUCAGGCCAUUUGUUUUUCAUUCAUUGACUCUCCUUUGUCGCCUGAAAACCACUGCUUCAUAUUUCUGUAUUUUUUUUUUUUUUUGUCAUUUCAAGGGAAAAGUAAAUCCACUGUUACUCUAACUUCACCAAAAGUAUAAGUCCUAUAUGGCUGCAUUCAAGUUUACUUUCUUUUUGUUCGUUUCUGUAAUGUUCUAAAGUUUCCCUAUACGGGCUGAGCAUCCCUAAUCUGAAAAUCCAAAAUGUGAAAUGCUCCAAAAUCUGAAACUUUUUGAACACCAACAUGAUGCUCAAAGGAAAUGCUCAUUAAAGUAUAAUGCAAAUAUUCCAAAAUCUGAAAAAAUCCAAAAUACUUUGGUCCCAAGCAUUUAGGAUAAGGUAUACUCAAUCUGUAAUGUGUAUAGGUAUAGUUUUCCUUUUUUUUUUUUUUUUUUUUUGUGAUAGAGUCUCGCUCCCUUGCCCAGACUAAAGUGAAGUGGUGUGAUCUUGGCUCACUGCAGCCUCCACCUCAUGAGUUCAAACGAAUUUCUCAGACCUCAGCCUCCCAAGAAGCUGGGAUUACAGGCACAUGCCACCAUGCCCAGCUAAUUUUUAUGUAUUUUUAGUAGAAACAGGGUUUCGCCACGUUGCCCAGGCUGGUCUCAAACUCCUGGGCUCAAGCAAUUCACCUGCCUCAGCCUCCCAAAGUGCUGGGAUUACAGACCUUAGCCACUGCACCCAGCCUAGGUAUGAUUUUCUUUUUAAGUUUCUUGCUUGCCCAGGUGAAACCCCGUCUCUAUUAAAAAUACAAAAAUCGAGCAGCUCGGGCGGCGGGAGGAGUGGCAGCGGCCAGGCAGCCCAGUUUCGCGAAGGCUCUCGGCGGGCCGCGACCCGCAGGCACCCAACACGCGCCUUCCCCGCCGCCAGGAUGCCCAAGAGGAAGGUCAGUUCCGCCGAAGGCGCCGCCAAGGAAGAGCCCAAGAGGAGAUCGGCGUGGUUGUCAGCUAAACCUCCUGCAAAAGUGGAAGCAAAGCCGAAAAAGGCAGCAGCGAAGGAUAAAUCUUCAGACAAAAAGGUGCAAACAAAAGGGAAAAGGAGAGCAAAGGGAAAACAGGCCGAAGUGGUUAACCAAGAAACUAAAGAAGAUUUACCUGCAGAAAACGGGGAAAUGAAAACUGAGGAGAGUCCAGCCUCUGAUGAAGCAGGAGAGAAAGAAGCCAAGUCUGAUUAAUACCAUAUACCAUGUCUUAUCAGUGGUCCCUGUCUCCCUUCUUGUACAAUCCAGAGGAAUACUUUUAUCAACUAUUUUGUAAAUGCAAGUUUUUUAGUAGCUCUAGAAACAUUUUUAAGAAGGAGGGAAUCCCACCUCAUCCCAUUUUUUAAGUGUAAAUGCUUUUUUUUAAGAGGUGAAAUCAUUUGCUGGUUGUUUAUUUUUUGGUACAACCAGAAAAUAGUGUGAGAUGUUGAAUUAUGGGAGGCUCUGGCUGUCUCGGAUGUCAGCUUAACAUUCUAUAGAUGGGGAGUUAGUUUUUAUAUCCUAUAAUACAAAGCAUAUUAAAUGGCAAUAUGGAGUCAGUCCCGCAUUUACUGUCUUGAACAUUUUAAAUUACUUCUAUUCCCAUGUUGUUUUUUAGUAGAAUUGUUUCCUAAAGAAAACCACUCUUUGAUCAUGGCUCUCCCUGUCAGAAUUAUGUGCACUCUGUAACAUCUUUGGUUGUGGUAGUCCUGUUUUCCUAGUAACUUUGUUACUGUGCUGUGAAAGAUUACAAGUUUGAAUAUGUAGUUUACGUGCUAUUGAGUUGUGAACUGGUGGGCUGUAUGUAACAGCUGACCAACAUGUGAAGAUACCGGUACUUGAUAGCCUCUUAAGGAAAAUUUGCUGCCAAAUUUUAAGCUGGAAAGUCACUGGAAUAACUUUAAAAAAGAAUUACAAUACACGGCUUUUUAGAAUUUCGUUACCUAUGUUAAGAUUUGUGUACAAAUUGAAAUGUCUGCACUGAUCCUCAACCAAUAAAAUCUCAAUUAUGAAAAAAAUAAAUAAAUAAAAAUAAAAAUACAAAAAUCAGCCAGGCAUGGUAUGCCUGUAAUCCUAGCUACCUGGGAGGCUAAGGCAGGGUAAUCGCUUAAACCUGGGAGGCAGAGGUUACAGUGAGCCAAGAUUGUGCCACUGAACUCCAGCCUGGAAGACAGAGUGAGACUCUGUCUCCUAAAAAAAAAAAAAGGUUUCUUGCUUGCAAGCCUGAGCUUCCUGGAACUAAUGAUAGGCAUCUUCUGACAUUUCUGGAAAAUUCCUGAUUAUUAUCACCUAAACUAUUCCCUUGUCCCUGUUCUAUCUGCUUCAGUUCAUUUAUUUUUUUCAAGAAAACUAUGUUGAGCACCUACUGUUGUCAGACACUGUCCUAAGCAACUCAGAAACAAAAAUAACUAAAUAUGCCUUCUAGAACACUGCAUACUGAAGUCUAGAAGGGAAGAGAAGGUAGACAGCCAGAAUACAAUGUGUUAGAUUUUCUGAUCAAAAUAUGUGAAAGUUGUUAUGGGGGCACAGAGAAGGAGUAUCCAACCCAGACUUGCUGAGAGGGUCAGGCAGAAUAUUUCUUAAAGAAGAUAUAUGAGCUAAGACUUAG